AUGAUAGAAAAAAUCGGUAUAAAUAUAUUUGAUGAAACGAAAAAUUCAUUCUUUAAAAGACAUUUUAAGCUAGCUUUAUUUUUGAGUCUAGUAAUGGUGUUAUUAGUUGGUCAAAUUCUUUAUGUUAUCAAAAGAAACGAAAUUGAUGCCCAAUUUCUAGACGUUGUUAGUACUAUACCAAGUACUUUUAUCGUCAUACAAGAUCUUGUCAAGAUAUUUGUAGUGACAUAUAAGCGAGAUCGAAUAAGGAAAGUAAUAAUGGAGAUAGGUAAAAUAUGGCCAACAGAACUUGACGACGAAGAGAAGAAAAAAACUUUGCACUCGUGGACGAAAUCUUUGAAAUUCUUCGAUAAUGCAUUUUUUAGAGCUGCAAUUAUUUCUUUAGUAUUCUACGAGCUGCUGCCCUUAGCGAUGACGAUUUAUUCCAUAAAUACCGAGGCAGAUGCGCAGUACCAGUUUCCACUGCAAAUGUAUUUCUUUUGUGACCUACAUUCUCAUUUCCAUUACGCUUUGGCUUAUACAUAUCAGCUUAUAAUAAGUACCACGGUUCAUAUGUGCGUAUACGUUUCUUGUGACUUUCUACUAGUAGAUUUAAUAUUUGAUUUGAGUGCUUUAUUGAGUUUACUGCGAAUAGACUUAGAGAAUCUCAUGGAACAGAACUCAACUAAUUACGAUUUUGAAGACGAUGAUUGUGAAGACAUUAAAGUUAUCGUUAUAAAACAUCAAAAAUUAUUAAGUCUUGCAGAAACCUUAAACGAGAUUUUUGGAGGAAUUAUCUUUAGUCAGGUGUCGUUUUCUUCUGUAAUUAUCUGCUGUUACUCUUUCAUGGCUGUGAUAGCUGACGGGAUGUUUCUUAAAAAUUUGACCGCUUCAUUGGGAAUCAUGUUUGCAAUUUUCAUAAUAGCAUGGCCGGGACAAAUGCUCUCUGACGCGAGUAACAACGUAGCUACUGCGGCAUAUCGAUGUCUUUGGUAUGAGAGAGGGAAGAAAUUUAGAAAGUGCAUUGCCAUAAUAAUAGCCAGGUCACAGAGAGAAUGUCAUCUUUCUGCUUUAGGAUUUUCGGACUUAACUCUUGCAAUGUUUUCGAAGGUAAUAAGCACGUCUUGGUCAUAUCUCUCUCUGUUAAAUCAAAUGUAUGAUAACAUUGAUGAAUAA